CGUUUUCCAUCACCACUCCAAGAUGCUUCUGGUGUCCCAGCGGCUAGAUUCACCUCGCAUGGACCCGAUAUUGCCAGGAUCACUGAAAAGGAAGCUCAGUGGUGCUACGGAGAGUUCUCCUUUGGUGAACGGGGUGUCUGACACUUCCAUGACCCAGGGCAGUGCUAAGCGGCCGUGCCUAGAGGAUGUUACCCUGGCCAUAGGCCCCAGCUACUCCCAGCCUCCCUUCCCCUCUGGACCAGGGGUAGGCAACCAGGGCAGUGUCCUGGAGGGCAACCGGAUAAACAACAGUAACAACAAUGGUUUGGGGUCUCCAUACUCUAUGCCUCCUAAAGCAAGUCCUGGACCAACACCUGGAGGUGGGGGAGGUUCAGGGAGUAUGGCACAGUCCUUUAACUCAAAGGGAAACUCAAAUGCUCCGUCAGUGGAGCAAGAACUCCAGGAAAUUCUGGAUGAACUUACCAAGAAUCCUGAUCCCUCCUUACCUGAGUUAGACAUUGAGAAGAUUUUGGGAAACAAGACUGAUGAACAGCCAAGUGGCCCUGUAGACUUCAUACAUCCAGAGGGCAGUGGGACACCCAAGCGUUCCCCUCAGAGACCUUCUCAUUUGGAGGCCCACCUUACACGUUCCCCUGGUUUCCCUCAAGCCAACUCUCCCCAGGUUGGCCCAAGUCCUGGUGGAGCUCCGUAUAGCUUACCACACCCUUCCAAACCAGUGCCCUCCCCGCUCUCUGCAUCGCCCCUAUCUUCCUCCUCACAGGGGCAGAACCAGGCACGCUCACCCAUGCUCUCAGCUGCCCUUACCAACCGGCCAGGUUCCAGUUGGCACGAGGUUUCGCGGGCACAGAAGCUCCAGCAGAUGGCUUCGAACAACAAGCACCAUUCUUCUUCUGGGGGUCCCCCUCCCCCUCCACCACCAGCUCAGUCUGGACUGCCCACACUGGGUCAGCAGACCUCCUCUUGGGCAGGACCGUCUCCUCCUUACAGGCCAGGGGACAAACUGCCCAACUCAUCCCCUCACCAACAGCCUUUCAGUCCAGCAGGAAGCAUCCAGAGCCCCCAGAGUUCACUCAUCUCCAGCAUGGCACCUGCACCGUCCACUGGGCCCUCCCCACCUUACCGCCCAGAAAAGCUAGCCAGCCCAGCCCUAGCUCAACCUCCCUUCAGCCCACAAAGCACUCUUUUGCCUGGGAACGCUUCUGCCGGAGGUUCCUGUGUCACCAACCAGGGAUCCCAGGCCAGCUACCUUCCAAACGUACCGCCUGCAUCAGGGACCACAAGGCCAUCUCCAACUUACCGGCCUGACAAACACCCCAGUCCUGCUGGACCACCCCAGCAGCAAACACAGCCUCCUCCCCAGACACACUCCUUCGGCUCACAGAAUGGGCAGGCAACCGGGAUGUCCAGUCAGUUGUAUAAAGCUAUUACCUCUGCUCAGCCUCCCAGUAGCAGUCUGAAACUCCUCAUACAGGCACAGCAGGCGCAAGUGCAGGGAAAACCACAGGUAUCCAUGCAGUCGCAGUUGGGUAAAGCAGCAGGCAACGGCAGUUUGGGUCCAGAGCCUUUCUCCUUCAACAACACUAAACCCUUGAGGCACUUUGACCCCGACCCGUCAGCACCCAAACUAAGCUCCCUCUCCAUGGGGGCUUACCGUAACACCAGCAUGCAGCCAACGCCUCCGACGUCGGCCGCGGGGCAUGCGCGUCUGCUGCAGCAGCGCAUGCAGAGAGGAAUGCAAACAGGAGGGAUGGUGCCUCAUUGCCAAGAGCUGAGCAAUGAGCAGAAUUCCGGGAUGUUACCUCAUCUCCAGGACCCCACCUCAGUGCAGCGUCCUGCCCAGGGUAACAGCUGUAACCUACUGCUGAAGAACCAGCUGAUGCGGAAACAGCUUCAACAGCAGGAAAAGCAAAGACAGAUUGAGCAAAUGAAUGGAGGGCAGAUGCCAGAUUGCCAGCAGGUGGCACCAUUUCAAGGUUCAGCUCGUCCACUCCCUCCAGAAUGUGGUAGUUACCCCAUGGGGGGUCCCCAGCCCAACUCCUCCAUGCUCUCCCACACUGGACCCCUACCCCCUGGGCGUAUGGGUAUCUCUCCUGGCACCCUCCCCCAAACAGGCCAUCCUACUGGGACCUUCAUGGGUAACACUGGCUCCAAGCAGCCUCUCUACCACCCAGCCCAGGACUUUGGAAUGCCCAUGCAGCCAACCCAGGGCAUGAUGGGAAUGGGUGGUCCUCCAAGGCAGCCGUCACAUCCGGGUCCGGGCGCGCUUCGUCCAGGGAUGCCUGGUCCAAACCUCGCGGGGAACUCAGUGCCCACUCACCAUCUUCGCCAGGCCUUGCAUCAAGGAGGUGCUAUGCCUCCGCGAGGGAUGUUCACUUCCCAGCAACAGGCUCAGCUCUGGCAGCACCAGCAAGGGGUACAACCUCCUCAUAUGGACCCUUCCAACAAUCAUCACCCCUUCCCCGGCGGCAGCGCGCCUCCCGGUUGCGGGGCUCCGUCCUCCCAGUUCUCACAGCUCCCCCAGCGGCCAGGGAUGCCUGCAAACUUUGUUACUCAUCAGACUCCCGGAACCCGGCUGCCCCCGCCCAACCAGGUGGUGGCUGGAAUGGGUGCCAGACACAUUCAGAGGAUGCCCGCCGCAGGGCAGCCGCUGCCCUCCAUGGGCCAACAAGGCCUCAGGCUCCGGGGGCCUCUCUCAGCCCUGGCUGUCAUGAAGCCAGGGGCACCAAACAUGAUGCACCCACCACAUGGCAUGGCCCCCCCCAGCUACCCAACAUCCUCCACCGGUAAACACAUGCUGACACAGGGCUACGGCCCCGGUCACAACCCUGGCCACCACAAACUGUCCCCCUUUGACUUUUCUCCCCAGCAUCAGGCCAAUGGGACCAUGGUUGGGGUUCCGAGGGGACCUGGUGAGGGAGGUGGUGGAGGAGGAGGAGGAGGAGAAGUAGAUUUCAUUGAAACGUUGGUGGGCGGCUCCAGCGAGGACUGGCUGAAUAAUCUAAACAUGAUAGAUGAAUACUUAGAGCAGAACUCAUAGAGCUAGAAAAAUGCUUUUUUUUUGUUUGUUUGUUUGUUUGUUUCAGUAGCACCAUGUAGUGAGAGCUAAAGCCCACCUUUCUGGAACAUUCUCAGCUGUACUUGACCAGGACGGACUGGGCACGUUCACAAUAUACGACGCCAAACCUCCGGAGUGUAGCUUCUUACCCUCGGACCUGUUCAGGCCCUUUAGUAAGCAACGUGAGCGAGGUGUUGCUGAAGAGGUCUGUACUGAGGAAGUGUUGUCACAAAUGCUUCAUACCCUUAAAUCAACAUUCCUAACCACACGCUGUGUUAAGGACCACGUACGACUGUUUCAACUGCCGCCCUCAUUCUCUGAAGAACAUUUUUAAUGGCUAUCAAUCUUUUGUUUGGCUCACAUGCUGUGUAGUGCAGGGACAGCGAUGUUUCCCAGGAAUGCAAAGAAUGCAUUCAUUGAAUGCAGUCCAAAACAAAACAGCCAGGUUCAGUUCACAAUGGAAAGACUAUAU